AUGUCGUCUAGUCCAACUGCAAAUGCCGCCCUCGAAGCAAGGGUCUAUGCAGCUAAGGGUUAUGUUAAAGCAACCACCAAGGGUGGGAAAAGUGGCAGUGCAUACGGCGUGGGUGAGCUGGUCGACAAGCGAGUUGGCCUCACUCUGGACGGCGGACCUCUUACCUUGAUUAGAGUCUACUUAUUUACGUGCAUCAAGGCCCAUGAAACCAACGUUGUUAAUCUUCUUAAUGGAUGCGAGGAAAGUCCUGAUAUCCUGAAUCCUGAGAACUCUAGUGAGUUUUGGCACUAUGAGGGCUGCGUGGACAAGUGGGCGAGAGAUCUUCCCCUUCGUUUACACAACAUCGAGGAAGGGCAUCCAUGGGGUUCCGAUUCGGGUUCCUCACGCGCAAAGCUGCGGACCGCACGUGCCGCAGACGGCAGAGCUUUCGCUCUCUUCAUCUUCGACUUUCACGUCGCAGGCUCAGACAAGUCAGAAAACGCAACAGAAUUCUUCGGGCUAAUUGCACCAUUUUACGAUUGCUGUCCCAGUAUGCCAUUCACCGAAAGCGUGCUAUGUUCUGGUUUAUCCUCCAUCGACGUUGAUCAAGCGACGGUCGCGGAGGAUAUAGCCAAUCUCGAGACAGAACUGCGUUUAAUCGAGCCUCUCUUCAUUCAGAUUGGAGAUCGGAGGGUUAAACUGCUCCAAUAUCCCAGUAGCUGCAAAGCUCUACAAUUACCGAUACAACGCUUACCUCAGGAGACUCUCCUUGAGAUAUUCGAAAGAACAUGCCCGACUGAUAUAAGUAGUUCCACCUCGCCUUGGAUUCUUGGUCAUGUCUGUUCCUCGUGGCAGUCCAUUUCACGCUCUUCGUCUUCUUUAUGGACGAGCAUUGGAAUAGAUGGAUCUGAAAUCCCGAACGUUAACUUUCUAUCCCUUUACCUCUCCCUUUCCCAUGAUCUUCCUCUUAAUAUACGCUGUACGCAUCACAACGCUCUUCCAACAGCUUUAACACUUGUUGAGGAGGCUCGCCUCGUUGGCCUUUUCCGGCGUUCGAAUUGCAAUCUGACAAAAUUAUACCUUUACAUUCCUUAUACUGUCGACACCUUCCUCGUCCCGAUCUUCGUUCAAUCUCGUGGGUUACAAUAUCUUGACAUCACAAUCGACAUCCAGGUGGCGAGCGAUAUUUUUAGAUCGCUCUCUCCUGAGGCUGGGAAUGUCCCUAACUUGAAGGAUUUGCACAUCGAGGAGGUGCCCUUCCGCAAAGCACCAAUUGGUCUUUUGCAAGAAUCCGCGGCAUUUCAUGCGAUGAUUCUUCCGAGGUGGAGAAAAUUUAUGGGAUUGGAGAGAUUAAGGUUAUCUCUGUGUUCGUAUUUCGUCAGGGAAAACUCGUCAGGGAAAACUUUGUCAUUCCCCCUGAGUGUAUCCCCCGAUUUCGUGAUUUAUUCAGGCUAA